AUGGGGGACAAGGUGCUGUGGCGAAUGGAGCAGGAGCAGCUGCUCUACAACCAGCACGAAGAUACGGCCAGCUCGUCGACAAGCACCACCACCAGCGGCAGAAGCGACAACACCAGCAGAACGAGGCGACCGGCGAGUAGCUACUACCCUACACUCGAGGCCGACGGCGACGAACCCAGUGGCGGAGCGAAAGAACGAAGCCUCGACGCGAAAGAACGAAAGCGACGGGGAGGGACCGUAACGGGGCUCGUCGCGCUGGACGGUGGCGAGGAAGAACGCGAACGCGAACGCGAAGUCGUCGAAGUCGGGGAAGAGGCCUCGCAGAGGUUUCAGGCCAGGUCGCAGCAUCAACUCAAGCGACUCUCGCUCAGGAUCAGGGAGAAGCUUCACCUGGCCUUCACCAGCAACAACAGCAGCGGCGAGCAGCCGACCCGACCGGCGCGCGACAGCCACUACCACCAGAACAGCCAGAGCCUGCCCCACAGCCCCAAGUUCCUCUCGACUAGCGAACCCGCGGAGCAGCUGCAGCCCGCCGCCCAGCCACUCACCUCGUCGCGUUCGUCGCCUUCAUUUUCCUCGUCGUCUUCGUUCUUUUCGCCGUCGAAUUCGCCUGCCGGUUCGACGCCGACAUCGCCCAAGGGUCGCCGCGGCCUCGCUUCGUCGGUGAGCCCGCGUGCCAGACAGCAACAGGCCGUCGUCGUGCCCAGCCGCGGGGAGAAGGAGAAGAAAAGCCAGGAAGAAAAGAAAAGCAAGAAGAAAGGCGGUUCCCGAGGACACAAAGCUCGCGGCGGUGGCUCUGCCGCUGGGGACGACCGGAAGACGGAGGACAACAGCGACAGCAGCAACAACAACCAAAAGCAUAAGAACAACAAGAAGAACAAGAACAAGAAGGAGGAGAAGAGAGAAGGAGGAAACGACGGCAACGACAGCGACAGCAGGCCAAGUCCGCGGAUGCAGGGAGGCUCAUCGAAGCGGCUCGGCGGAAUGUUCCACUUCAGCAGCAGGAGCAAGGACAAGGGGGGAAGUUUGGAGGAGGACGCGAUGAUGAUGGCGACGGCGGCGACCACCUCGUCGCCCACACGCUCGAGAACGAUGCGCAAGAACGAAGGCGGCGACGAGAAAACGAGAAAGAUCGUAAAAAGCGACGAAGGCAAGGGGGGAGGCAACGCAGGCAAAAGCUCGUCGCCCGAUUUGGAGAAUCGAGCAGCGAAGCGAGGAGUCGCCAAGAUUGGAAUUCGAGUAGAGGGAUCAAUUGAUGGAGAGGAGGAGGAGAGGGAAGAAGAAGGCCAAGACGAUCUCGAUGGGGAGGAGGAAGGGCAAUACGAUGAGGAGAAGGGAUGGAUCUUGCCAACGACAGACAUCGAGCUCCUGAUUGAGGCGUUUGCAUCGGCGUCGCCGCUGCAAGGCAGCAGCUCGGGCGAAUCGACACCGGUGCUCGGGUGGGUCUCGAAGAGGCCCACGUCGCCCCGAGGGGGCGGCGAGCAACUGCUGCUCGAGGUCGGCAGCCCCAAGAAGAAGGAGAACAUGCGACUACGGCUGUCCGCUUCUCUUUCCUCCUUCGCCUUCUCGCCCAUCUCUUCAUCCAAGAAGCAGGCCCCACCGACCGCCGGACCAGAGAGCCAGUCCGCGCAGGUCAAGGCCUCCUCCGACGCCGCCUCCGCCGCAGGGAAGAAGCAGAAGGACGGUAAGUUUCGAUUCCUGCACCUCCAGCGCUCGUCGGCCCAGCUCCCGCUGCCUUCGUCGGCGGCCUCGGCCUCUGCGCCGUCGCUGCCGACCGUAGACAAGGAGAGCAGCAGCAGCAGCGCACACACCCUCAGGUCGCGCACGCCCAGCAAGGAGGAGCUCAAGCAGAUCAAGCUCGAGCGAAAGACUGCCAAGAAGCUCGAGAAGCUCGAGAAGAAGAACAACAACAAGCGGGACAGCAACGGCGAGAACAACGGCGGCAAGAAGAAGCGCAGCAGCAGGAGGUCCAAUGCUGGCGCCGGUGGCGCCGGGUCGGCCGACAAGGACAGCGAUGGCACGCGAAGCAUCACCUCGAGCCAGGAGAAGUCCACCGACGACGACAACGACGACGGCGAGCUCGGGCCUGUGCCGUCGGACAGCGGCUGCUCGCUCCACACCACAUUCGACGAGCACCAGCUGCUUCUGGUGGGCGCCGGCGCCUCGUCGCCGGGCCUCGACGAGCUGCUCGAGAUCGAGAUCGCCAAGCUCAAGGAGGAGGAGGCGCGACGCGCGCUCAGGAAGCAGCAGGAGAAGCUCAACAAGGCAGCCGAGCAACAGCAUCGACAGCAACGCGAAGAAGCCGCGGCUGCUCUGGUGGCGAAGAAGAGCAGCGAGCGGGGCGAGCUCAAGACGUCAACCGAAUGGCGGUCCGGCCGCAUAUCGCCCGUCCCGUCGACCACCACCGGCGAGCGCACCACCGUCAUACGAAGCUGCCUGCGCCGGAGCGAAGAAGGCGCGAAGAAGCCGGCCGAGCCCGCUGCGGCCUCGAAUGUACAGCCAGUCGCGGAGGCGGUGGUGGCCACCACCACUACCACCGCCGCCUGGCAGUACGACAGCAGCGACGAGGACGAGCUGGACGAGGAGCACGGCUGGAUCGACCCGGCGCGAGUGGUCGGCUCUCAGCUGCGGCUGAGGGGGGAGUCCACGGCGGCGGCGGCGGCGGUGCGCGAUCUGCUCGAAAGCAGCGGCGAGGACCCCUACGGCGAGCGAGGCGCCGAGCGCGGGUGGAUAUUCCCCGACGAGGAGAUGAAAUGCGAAGGCGACGAUGAUGAAGACGAGGAGGAGGAAGAAGACGACAAGAAGGCGUGGCGAAAGACGACGCCUCCCAUACUCGUCGAGCCCCGUGAACACAGCGGCGGUCCGGUCUUUCUCAUGUCCAAGGGCGCCAACAUAUUCUUCCGCGUUCAGUCCCAAGCCCAGAUGGGGAAGAUCAAGAAGGGCGCCGACAUCAACAACAUGGGCUACAUGAGCUUGAAGGGCAAUCGGUCGAGCAUGCUCCGUAACCUGAAAGAUCAGCAAGAUGAAAAGGAGCGGGUGAAGCUCGCCCUGCUCCAAUUUAAGGCGCGCAGGGGCUGGUCCCGUUCAUGGGAGAACCUCACCGAGGCCGCGCGCGGCCCAAUCGAGGCCAACGUGGUCACCAUCCAGACCUGCGCCCGCCGUUUUCUCGCCAAGCGAUUCCGAGCGAGGCUCAAUGUCGCCAACGAGCUGCUGCUGACGGAGAAGAGCUACGUGAAGGCGCUGAGCGUGGUGGUCGAGGUGUUCUACUACCCGCUGCUCAUGCAGGAGCCGCAGCUAGCGACGACCACCGCGAGCGCGACGACGACGACGCCCACGUCGCCGCCGGCCAGCGCUGGCGGCUGCCGUGCAUCGACCGAACUGCAGCAGCAAAUGCGUCAGACCGGAGGGCGAGUGGCGACGAUCUUCUCGGUGGCCGACAAGCUGCUCUUCGCGCACCGAACAUUCUGUGCCAUCCUCAAUGAGCGCCUGCGCAACCUCGACGAGUUCCGGCACAAGGGCCUCGGCGACAUUUUCCUCAAGAAAACACGUUUCUUCGACGUCUAUGUCAAGUACAUCAACAACUACAAGUCGGCAAUUGAAACGCUCAACCGGUGCAAGGAGGAGGACCCGGCCAUGGCCAAGUUCAUCGCCGAGUGCGAAGCCAAGAAGGAGUGCGGCUACAUGGACCUCUCCUCCUUCCUCAUCCAGCCCGUCCAGCGAAUCCCGCGCUACGUGCUGCUCCUCAGCCAACUCCUACGGAAAACGACUGCGGGCACGAAGGUGCACGCGGAAUUGUACAGGGCCGUGGAGAAGAUGAGGCAGGCCACCCACCACCUCAACGAGCAGAAGAGGGACGCGGAGAAUGCCGAGUACGUGGCCAAGCUGUGCUCUGCGCUCGUCAUGCCCAACAGCGUCCAACGGCAAAAGCGGCGCCGCAUCGCGUCGUUUGACUUCAGCGCCGAGCGGCGGUUCAUCAAGGAGGGCGACGUCACGCUGCUGGCGUCGAAAUUCACGCCGGGCAAACCCCUCAAGAAGGCCAGGUCGGAAGAGCUCCACCUGAUGCUGUUCAACGACGUGCUGCUGAUGUGCACGCGACUUCACACGUCGUCGCGCGAGCGACGCCGCAGCGUACGCGCCGCUCUCAAGAGCGACGACAGUAUGGUCGGCGGCCCCGGCGGCCCUAAUGGCGGCAGCAGCGGGUCAUCGGAUGGCGACGGCGGUAGCGGCGGCGGUGGAGGAACGCUGCACCGCCUGCUGGCCUCCAUUCCCGGCGUGGUCUCCCCGCCAUCCAGUCGACGCCCGAGCCUCCACUCCCACGCCUCCGCCGCCUCAUCGUCAUUGCCAUCGUCGCCGCCUUCAGCGCCGCUGCCCGUCACACAAUCGACCGAAUUCACUUCUCCACCUUCUUCUCCGCAGUCCUAUUCGCCACUGACCAGCCCCGGCCUUCCGGUCAAGUACGACAUCCAGGAGGUCGUUGAACUGUGGAAGGUGCACGUACUCGAUCUCCCUGCCGACACCUAUGGCGAGGGACUGGUGGUGGUGAGCACGCCUCUCCGCAGCUUUGUGUUUGCCUUUGGCAGCGCGGCGACCAAGGGCGAGUGGAUGACCGCCCUUCAAUCCGCCGUGCAGAGGCUCUUCACCAGUAUCUGA